AUAACUUCUAUAGCCGCCGAUUAUUUUAACAAAAGUCCCCAUUAAUAUUAAGUCGAUUUCUUCCUUUAUGGGAAAAACAAAAUUAAAUAUAAACAUGGCAGAAUGUUAUCACCUAAAGACGACCUACAACACAACCGGCUUUUUAAUCAAUCUGCAACCCACCACAAAUCCUAAAACACACCUUAAAGCGCAAACAAACGCUAUUCCACAGCAUCACGAUUAACGUUGUCGCAAGUUUCACACCAGGAGUCUAAAAAGAAAUGUUAUCAAACGAAUCAAAUCCCUAAAUUACAAUCAAACGAUUAUUAAAAGUUUUAUUAAAUCGCACAGUACUGUGACACCCUCACUAGACACGACCUCAAAGCGGACGGGUGCAUUAUGGGAUAUCUGCACGCGCAGACCCCGGAAGUUCAUUGAGGGCUGCAGUUACGUCUUCGCUCUCGCCAUGGUUUGACUGACGCAUAUCAAAACGGACUUAACACAUUUUCCCGUGGAUUGCUUAAUUUGAAUUUUUGCUAGAUUUUUUAUUUAUCUUCAACGUCACCUUAUAAUAACUGUCAAAAUGAAUGUGACACUCGCUGUCAAGCAGUAUGUCUCCAAAAUGAUAGAAAACAGCGGGCCCGGAAUGAAGGUUUUGUUGAUGGAUAAAGAGACGACGAGCAUCGUAAGCGUGGUUUACACACAAUCGGAGAUCCUGCAGAAGGAGGUCUACCUCUUUGAGCGGCUUGACUCCCAGAACAGGGAAAAUAUGAAACACCUGAAGGCGAUCUGUUUCCUCCGUCCCACCAAGGAGAACGUCGAAAACUUGAUUCAGGAACUUCAUCGGCCGAAAUACAGUGUUUACUUUAUCUAUUUCAGCAACGUCAUCAGUAAGAGUGAAAUAAAGGCACUGGCAGAGGCCGACGAGCAGGAAGUGGUGGCGGAAGUACAGGAAUUUUACGGCGACUUCAUUGCAGCAAAUCCUCACCUUUUCUCCCUCAACCUGCUGGGUGUUGCCAGGGGUCGUAGCUGGGAGCCCAGUCUGCUUCCACGCUCUACUCAAGGUCUGACGUCAGUGCUGCUGGCUCUCAAAAAGUGUCCCAUGAUUCGAUACCAGCUCUCCUCUGACAUGGCCAAGAGGCUGGCAGAGAGCGUUAAGCAAAUCAUCACUAAGGAGUAUGAGCUUUUUGACUUCAGGAAGACAGAGGUGCCUCCCCUUCUGCUUAUCCUGGAUCGCAGUGACGAUGCCAUUACUCCUCUGCUCAACCAGUGGACGUACCAGGCUAUGGUGCAUGAGCUCUUAGGCCUCAACAACAACCGCAUCGACCUGUCCCGGGUUCCAGGCAUCAACAAGGACCUGCGGGAGGUGGUGCUGUCUGCUGAAAACGAUGAGUUCUACUGCAACAACCUGUACCUGAACUUUGGGGAGAUUGGGACAAAUAUCAAGAACCUAAUGGAGGAUUUUCAGAAGAAGAAACCAAAGGGACAGCAGAAGCUGGAGUCCAUUUCAGACAUGAAGGCCUUUGUGGACAACUACCCACAGUUUAAGAAGAUGUCGGGCACGGUGUCGAAGCACGUGACCGUGGUGGGCGAGCUGUCGCGGCUGGUGAGCGAGAGGCAGCUUAUGGAGGUGUCAGAGCUGGAGCAGGAACUGGCCUGUCAGAACGACCACUCCAGCGCGCAGCAGAACGUCCGGAGGCUCCUGCAGAACCCCAGAGUGUGUGAGGUGGAUGCCGUGCGCCUGGUGAUGCUCUACGCACUUCGCUAUGAGAGGCACAGCAGUAGCAACCUGCCUGGCCUCAUGGAGGAUCUCACCCGGAAGGGCGUCUCUGAGCGGUACCGCAAGAUGGUGCAGUCUGUGGUAGAGUAUGGCGGGAAGCGUGUUAGAGGAAGUGACCUCAUCACGCCCACAGACGCGGUGGCCAUCACCAAACAGUUCUUCAAAGGUCUCAAGGGUGUGGAGAAUGUGUACACCCAGCACCAGCCCUUGCUGCACGACACCCUGGACCAGCUCAUCAAAGGCCGCCUUAAGGACAGCCAGUUCCCCUAUCUAGGCCCCAGCACCCUCAGAGACAGGCCCCAGGACAUCAUCGUGUUCAUCAUCGGGGGGGCCACGUAUGAGGAGGCGCUGACUGUUUACAACUUUAACCGCACCAUGCCGGGGGUCCGCAUCGUACUUGGAGGGACCAGCAUCCACAACACCAAAAGUUUCCUGGAGGAAGUAACCUUAGCCACAGGUUCGAGCCAGAGCGGCGAGAGAGUGCAGGGGACCAGCCGCCUUCCCAGCCGGCGCUGAUGGUGACAUCGCUGGCUCUGGACCACAUCGUAUCACCACAGAUCCAGUGCUGUGCACAGCGCCACCACAUGGCCCUCGGGCGCUAUCCCACUGCUCAACAAAUCUGAUAUUUCUUAAAAUGGUUUCCUCCAUCUGACCGAACAUGUUAAAUUACACUUUUUGUUCGGGGGAAGUACUACUUGACCACGCCUAUGAGAAGGGCAUGAUAUUUGGAAGAAAGUGCUCCAUUGUGGUGUAUUUGACUGGUUUUCUGCAAAAUGGAUCAGAAGACACCUUCUACAAUGUUCCCCGAUGCUGGCUGGUGUCAGUCCUCUCUCUGUCUCUCUACACCAUGCAGAGAAAGGCCCAGUACAAAUCAAGGCAGUCCAUAGACACUGGUCUUACGGCUCUGAGGAUUCAUCAUGGUGCACGGGCUCUAGAAACUACAGAAAAUGGUGGGGACAUCACAGGUUCACCUGCAAUACUUCCCUGCACUGCAGAAGUUGGCAGCCAGAGCUGGGGAAGUUACUCACAAAAGUAAUCCAUUACAGACAGGUGGAAAGUUCAGGUCCGGAAAGCACAAAUCCAGGCCAUGGUUUUAUUCCAACUAAACAGGUUAAGUACUCUAUGACUUUCACUCUUUAUACUCAACUGGUUGGUUGAAACAAAACCAUGGUUUGGAUUUGUACUUUCCAGACCUGAUUUUUCCACCUCUGUCUGUAAUGGAUUACUUUUGUGAGUAACUUCCCCACCACUGUGGGCAGCAUAUCUGGGGGGUGUGUGGAGCGUUACCCUGGGGUCCCACAGACAUCUGCUGCCUGUAUAACACAAUGCUAUUCAUCUUGAAUCGCUGUCCAUGGCAACAUGCAUUUAGAAAUCACAAACCAUUUUAUAUAUACACUACUAGAUUUACAUUUCAAACCAGCCCAGUACACAUCAUUCACAGCUGGUGGCCAUUGCACAUGUAGAGCCCUGUUAGUGCUCCCCUAAACCCCAGACAGCUUAUAGCGGUGAACAUUGGUAAGUUUUAUAUGGGAACACAUGAUAGCACUCCUGGAAAAGAACCUGCAUUUUAGGUUUGCCCAAAACUUGAACACACGUCCCAUAAGUACACAAAUUUUUGCACAUCCAAAGCCACGUUUGAUCGUGUAAGAUGUUUGUCAUUGCAGUGUACAGUGUGUGUCUGUCACGAAAUAAUCUGCUGUAAUUUAAUGUUUUUAUUCAACUAAUAAAUGUAGUAGACUUGUGCUAUUGCAAAUCAGUGGUCAUGGGAUAAAAGAAGUAUUUUUUCCUCUUGUAGUUUCAGUUCACUUUUUUUCCCCUCUUCUGACCAUUUGACAUAGACUCACCCCUCUGUCUCUAAGCUAUCUAUGGAGCUUCAGAGCUCUGUUUUAAUCUCUCAGUAAGUAUGGGGUAAUGUUUUCCUUUCAACAGUGAUGUCGAAAUCAUUUAUGAUGCAUGUACUUUUUCUUUAAACUAUAUAUGGACUUAAUCCUCAGUUGUUGUUUUUUUUUGUUUGAUGAACCAAGUACAUGGAUUUAUUUGGCUUCCUGUCCCUGACUGAAGAAUGUUAUCUAUCAGUCCCAAACAUAUUGCAUUGUACAUUCUUUAACAUUUAA